AUGAAUUGUGUCCACGUACAACUCUACCGCGACAGCAAGGACCGAUACAACAAUGGUCAGACAAAGGCGUCUCUAUCGUUACAAUACUUCCUUGCUGUACAGUCAGGUUUCACCCUGGACAAAGAGUCUAACACAAUAGCAAUCAUCUGUGAGGACGUGACUGUUAUAUUCGCCUUCGACACCCGAGAACAGCUGAUUCAGUGGCAGGCGAAAAUAGCCAUCAACCUGGGGGAGGACGAGCAGUUCCUGGUGCAGAUCUCAUCAGCGCCUCCUAGAAGUAAGCUGACUCCUGGUCCUGCGAGACUGCAUGUGCUGGAGAGAAGGUUCUGUCUAACAGCUGGAGUCCCUCCUAGACUGCUUGGCCACUGGCAGAUCGCCCAGCUGAGAAAGUACGGUGUGGUCAACGGACGGUUCUGUUUCGAGGGUGGGUCUCAAUGUGGAAGAGGUGAAGGUCUGCAUGUUCUGCUGACUGACAGAGGCAAUGACGUCAGCAGGUCCUUCAGCAAUGCCGCGCAGGGAAACACCCCUCUAGCCCGGCGUGCCUACCUACACGUCGGAGAGAGGUCCAUCAGCAGCAGCAGGACAGAGGCUAACCUGUGCGAACAACUCACCGACUGUCGCUCCAGGAGUCAGGAGAACCUCUGCUGGACUCCUCCGGGGGACUGUGGUGGCUGGGAGUCUUCGGGGUUGUGUCACAGGGAGGGCACAGUGAGCAGGCCCCGCUGUAGAAGCUGUCAUGUCCGAAUCUCUAGAUCCUCGACCGUCACUUGCGCCCCAGGGACCGGCUUCACUUGGACCAUGGAGUCAUGUGGCAUCGGACAAUCCAUUGCAAAGUCUCCAAGUUGUCAAGAUUCGCGACAGACUUCAACGUUGGCAACUAUCUGGGAUCCUUCCAGCCCAGGUCGGCCUCCACCACGGCCUCCGAAGACCAAACCUCCUACAGCCCCGGAGGAUCUUCCAGCCAGCCUCAAGAGACCAAGGCCGUCCCCAUCAAUGCCUGUUAUUGGCCUUGGGCGAUGUGACUGCGAUAGCACUAACUUGGUAGAAGAAUAUUAUGACACACCACGCAGUUUCAAGAGCACUAUCCUUGAGGAGCCUGAGAGAUCAAAUACUAACUCUCAUUGCGUAGACAAAACCGUCUGCAAUUGUCAAGCCAACGCAAACACAGGAAUAAGUCAAUCUUUCUCCGUAAACCAGGUAAAAGGCAUUGAGCAAACUCACUUAUACUAUCUGUGA